CCUCACCUGACAGGGGGCAUGGCUAGCCGGAACUGGAGGGGAACAGGUGUGGUGACGCAGCGCGGCAUCCACAGGUGAGGGUUCGGGGAGAGCGGCGGCAGCCCCGAGAUGGGCAAGAAGAAGAAAGCGGAAGGGAAGGAGUCGGAGCCCUACGGGGCCCCCUCUGCCUAUGACCCGAGGUUCAAAGGGCCAAUCGAGAACAGGAGCUGCACAGACAUAAUCUGCUGUGCCAUCUUUAUGGUCUUCAUCCUGGGAUACAUGGUGGUAGGCAUUGUGGCAUGGCUGUACGGCGACCCACGGGAGGUGAUCUACCCAAGGAAUUCCACCGGCAUGUAUUGUGGCGUUGGCAACAACAAGGAGAAGCCCUACGCCCUCUACUUCAACAUCCUGAAAUGCGUCUCGCCCACGGCUAUCCUGACCUCGGCUCUCAACAAGCUGCAGUGCCCCACCACACAGGUGUGUGUGUCGCAGUGCCCCAGCAGGUUCUGGACUGCAGUGCCAGGAACGAAGGUGCCAGACAUCUUCCAGCAGGAGUACUGCAACCCCAGUCUUGACCUGUCCACGACCAGACUGACAUACCAGGAGAUUGUGGCCAAGGAGCUGUGUCCGGUGUACACCAUCCCAAGUAUCCCCUUCCUGGGCAGAUGUGUGCCGAAUGUGGAUGGGACGGUUUUCCCGGGUAACUUCACCAUCGGAGACAUGGAACCUGGGAAUGCCACGGCAGACGCAGUGAAGCAGGCAACAGAGAACCUGGUUCAGGGAUUCAACAUCAAGCAGGUUGGGAUGCGGAUUUUCGAGGAUUUUACCAAGUCCUGGUACUGGAUUCUGAUAGGCCUGGUCAUUGCCAUGCUCGUCAGUCUUCUCUUCCUGCUGCUCCUGAGAUUCAUCGCCGGCAUUCUCAUCUGGGUCAUCAUCUUCGGCCUGAUCGGGGUCAUUGCCUACGGGAUCUGGCACUGCUACUGGGAGUACGACACGCUCAACAAACAGGGCGCCAGCAUCCAUGACGUGGGCAUCACCACCAACCUGGCUGUGUAUGGCCAGGUGAAGGAGACCUGGCUGGCCGUCUUGAUCAUCCUGGCUGUCCUGGAGGUCAUCAUUAUUCUGUUGCUCAUCUUCCUGAGGAAACGAAUCUUGAUCGGGAUCGCACUCAUCAAGGAGGCCAGCAGGGCAGUGGGGUACAUCAUGUCUUCGCUGGCCUAUCCCCUGGUUACGUUCAUCCUCCUGGUGAUCUGUGUGGCCUACUGGGGAAUGACUGCAUUAUACCUCGCUACGUCAGGGCAGCCACUCUACCGGGUUGUCAGUGUCGGCAAAGCCACACCCGCAUGUGCCUCGAUCCUGGGGAACGAAAGCUGCAGCCCAAUGACCUUCAACGCGUCGGCGUACAGCUGUGACACGGUGAAGUGCGCCUUCUACAAGUACAAUGAAGAGGGUAUCCUCCAGCGCAACCUCUUCCAGCUGCAGAUCUACAACAUCAUCGGCUUCCUGUGGUGCAUUAACUUCGUCAUUGCCCUGGGGCAGUGCACCCUGGCCGGAGCCUUCGCCUCCUACUACUGGGCCUUCAAAAAGCCUCAGGACAUCCCCUACUUCCCAGUGUCUGGUUCCUUCAUGCGUACCCUCAGAUAUCACACCGGGUCGCUGGCUUUCGGAGCCCUCAUCCUAACCAUCAUACAGCUCAUCCGCAUCAUCCUCGAGUAUCUGGACCACAAGCUGAAAAGCGCACAGAACCCAGUCACCCGAUUCGUGAUGUGCUGUCUCAAAUGUUGCUUCUGGUGCCUUGAAAAGUUCAUCAAGUUUCUGAACCGCAACGCCUACAUCAUGAUCGCAGUGUAUGGCAAGAACUUCUGCGUUUCAGCCAAGAACGCCUUCAAGCUGCUGAUGAGGAACAUCGUCAGGGUGGUGGUCCUUGAUAAGAUGACCGACCUGCUGCUGUUCUUUGGGAAGCUGUUGGUUGUCGGUGGAGUGGGCGUCCUGGCAUUCUUCUUCUUCACUAAUCGGAUUAAGAUCUCAAAUCCGACGUUCCAGGUCCCUGUACUCAACUACUAUUGGCUUCCGAUUCUGACUCUCGUGGUUGGCUCGUACAUGAUCGCGCAGGGAUUUUUCAGUGUAUACAACAUGUGUGUGGACACCCUCUUCCUCUGCUUCUUGGAAGACCUCGAGCGGAACGACGGCUCUCUCGAGAAACCGUACUACAUGUCCAAAUCCCUGAUGAAGAUCUUGAACAAGAAGAACAAGGCCCCGAAGAAGGGGAAAUAACCCCCACCCAGCAACCCUCCCCCAGCCCAGCUCCAACCCUCUUACCACCCCCGCACUUUAGAAAUUACACAUACAGUAAUUUGCCGGUGACUGCCUGAGCCUUUUGGGUGGGUGGGGGCAAAGAAAGGGGCAGGAGGUACUUACGGACACGUUUUCUGGUAGAAUUCUUCCCCCCCCACACAUGUCCAUGUUGCACACUAACUGGUGAGACUGAGUAACUUUGUACAGAUGAAUUGCACCCAUUUCUCGUUUGCAAUCUAGUCUGUAGAAUAGGAAACUGCCCCAUCACCCCUAUUGGGGCAUAGGCUGUUGACAGCAGUUCGCCGGAGUCCUGAGCCAAUCUUCCAAGUUGACUCCAAGAGCAGCCCGUUCCUUCCCCUCCCACGGAUGAAGUCUUUGGAGUUUAUGCAGCUCUUGGUUUUUAUGGGAUGGGAUACCUGGCUCCACGUCCAAUCCUCCUCCUCUCCCAACUGGGCUUGGGACCAGCCACGGUGGAGCUGAAGGAAGUGUUUGGGAAUUGCCAAAAAAUGGCCACACAUUUCCAUCGUACCUCCUACCUUGCCUGGCCGAAUGAUUACCUUGGGAUGCUCCCCCAUCCCACCCCGCUGCACCUUAUUGAUCAUGUGGCAAGGGGUCUGUGAAACCUUCCUUCUUGAUUCCGUACAGCCCGGUCUCAAUGAGCCCUGAAUAGACGGGAAGGGGUGGGGGGAAGGGAAUUAUUGCACUUUUUGUGAUUUGUGCCUUUAAAAUGAUGUUACUCCCAAAACAGAAAAAUGAAUGUGAUGAUAGAUGUACUGGAUUUUAAAUUAAAUGACACUAUUUACAUUUUUAAGCAU